AUUUCAUAAUGACAGUAUAUUUGAACACAAAGUGCAAUAGCGGUCAGUGACUUUCGAUUAAUUUAAAUAUAAAAUUGGCAUUGCCAAGUUUCGAAAAUGCAAUGCAUUCCUUCGUAUUAUUCUCUUGAAUUACGACAUUCUUCGGUUGAAUUUUUUAUAGGAAAUAUGUUGUUCAAUCGUCGCCCCUCUAUUGAUCGUUAAAAAAGUUUGAGCGACAGUCACUAAGAGUAACGAAGCCGCGUUAAUCGCUGAAGGAUAAUAAACGACACAGAAAAUACAUCGUUGAUUACUUGAAUCUACAGUCCAUUUCACAAUGAUUAUUAAACUUUUCGACCGCGAUUCCCAUGUAUACAGAAUACAUUGUUCGCGCGAGCAUCGUAUGCACGUUAACUGAGCAUGAGUACGUGACAACACAAUGGAAUCUUAAAGGUGUUCACACUUGAAAAUUCAUGAAAUCGACAUUUUUUAUACAUUUAUGAAUUGAAAGAACAAUAAUCCAGAGUACAUUAAGAUGUUUAGCAGCAUACAUUGUUCUGUUAUAAGACACAUUACGAAAUAUGGACAACGAAGGUAUAUUCGACACUCGAUAAAUACGUCCACGAACAAUGAAAGUCAAUGUCAAUCAACGGAGAUAUCAACGAAUCUUCAUCGAGCGUGUGGACAGCCUACAGCGAUAACUCAUCCCCAUUUAAUAAAAAAAGGGGAAAUUGUACCAGGUAUCCAACUUUACGAGUUCAGAGACAGGCGAACUAGGCUAAUGGAAACUAUCGUUUCGCGUGCUAAUAUCAGAAAUAAAGCCACAUCGCAUAUUAUAGUUAUUCCAUCGUCUUCCAAAGUGUACAUGUCGGAUAAAAUCCCAUAUGUGUUUCGUCAAAAUACAGAUUUUUUAUAUUUUACUGGUUGUCAAGAACCCGAUAGUAUUUUGGUAAUUACAGCAAAAAAUGAAAACUUUGCAACCAUACUAUUUGUAAAACAACCAGACGACCAUUCCGAUUUAUGGGAUGGUCCAAGAACUGGAGUCGACAAUGCCCUUACAUUGUUUGGCGUUGAUUUGGCGUUUCCUGUGACAGAGUUUGAACACUUUUUUACCUCAUUUGUAAAUGAAAAUCAAAACUGUAUCGUUUGGUAUGAUGAUAAUAAUAAUAAUAAUAGUAUAGUGCAACCAAUUCUACAUAGAAAGUUACUUGAAUCGAUGAAAAAAACCGAUAGCGCAAAAUCCGUUUCUCCCACAAAUAUAAUACAUGAUAUCAGAUCAAUCAAAUCUGAAUCGGAAAUUCGUCUAAUGAGAAAAAGCUGUGAGAUUGUGUCCGCAGCAAUAUCUAAAACAAUAAAGAUAUCAAAACCAAAAAUGACUGAACAUCAGCUGUUUGCAACAGUUGAUUAUGAAUGUCGCAUGAACGGAGCAGAAUUCUUAGCGUACCCACCAGUUGUUGCAUCGGGUAAAAAUGCUAAUAUCAUUCAUUACAUUAGUAAUAAUCAAAUUAUUCAAGAUGGAGAUAUGAUUCUAAUGGAUGCAGGUUGCGAAUAUCAUAGUUAUUCGUCCGAUGUAACUAGAACGUGGCCGAUCAAUGGCGAGUUUACGCAAGAACAAAGAAUUUUAUACGAUAUUAUAUUGGACAUUCAAAAGAUUUUAAUUUCUAGACUGAAAGAAAUGCCUACCUUGGAUCAAUUAUUUCAUCACAUGUGCUCUUUAUUAGGGAAAAGAUUACAAGAAGUUGGACUAAUACCAAAACAUUUAACUGGUAAUCAGUUGGUUUCAGCCGCUUACACGUAUUGCCCGCAUCAUGUAAGUCAUUAUUUAGGGAUGGAUGUACAUGAUACAGGAAAUGUUUCUAGGAACAUGAAACUUCAACCUGGAAUGAUAGUGACCGUAGAACCAGGUGUAUAUGUAAACUCGAGAAAUCAAUUCGCACCGUCGCAAUUUCAUGGUUUGGCUGUACGUAUUGAAGAUGAUAUUUUAAUAACAGAGACUGGACCGGUAAUUUUAAGUGAAAGUUGUCCGAAAGAAGCUGCAGAAAUAGAAACUUUAGCAGGGCAGAAUUUGUAAUUAUAACGAUUAAACGAGUAAUGUAUUAUUAAAAUCGGUUAUUAGAUCGAUGUAAAAAAUUGUACAAAAUUGUCUUUCAAUGAUACCAUAACGACAGUGUAUUUAACAAUUUGUAAUAACGAUCGUUGAUUUACAAUCAAUUAUAAUAAUUAAUUAAAUUUCCAAGGCUUGAAAACGCCUAUAUAUUUUCAUGUUAUUCGAAAAUUUGUUUAAGCGGAAAUAGAUGAAUAUUAUACACUUGUAACCAAUAAAGAAUAACCAGUAGGAAAAGUAAUACGGUAUACACGAAAAGGGCAAGCAUGAACAUUUAAAUAUACGAAUCAAUAACAAUUUUUCUGAAUAAAUGUUAUACUUUUCAAUCUA